AUGACACUUGUAUUUCUUGGAAACUCUGCGUUACGCAGAGUGUCAAAGUCUGUGGCUGAUGUGCGUGCUCCCGCUGUUCGAAGACUAUUUGAAGAAUUGGAAAAAGAAGUUCGCGUAGAGGCUGGCGUGGGGAUUGCAGCACCUCAACUUGCACACAACCUGCAAGCAACCACGCGUGACUUUGAGGGCUGUCUGAGUGUUCCUGGCUAUCAAGGUAUUGUUCGACGUGCCAACAUGAUUCGAGUACAGUACGAUGAUUUAAAAGGCCGCAAAAUUCAGAAAACUUUGAAUGACUUUCCUGCUCGUAUAUUUCAACAUGAGUUGGACCAUCUUAACGGCGUCAUGUACCUGGAUCGUAUGGAAGUUGGCAGUCUUAUUCACAACGAGGAGUUUGAGGCGAUGGAGUGGCUUGAUGUACAAAAGCUACUCCUUCAAGAUCCUCCUGCCAUUCCACCUCUUGUGAAUGCUACCAACGAGUAA